AUGUUAUGCCUGAGGAAGCAUUGCCUAUCAUUCGUUUCUUUCAAUCGCCUCUUGUCUUCUGGUGCCGUGUGGCUUCCUUCGAGCGACGCAGAAGCGGCGGAGGUCAUCUGCGCGUGGUGCGGCGGCGGAUUCGUGGAGGAGUUGACAGCUGGCAGCGACAUCGACGGCGGAGAGCACGGCGGCCACCACAGAUGGAGCCACCGCGGAUUCGACCACACGCGCGCUGCUGCUGCUGCCGCGCUUGACCUAACGGAGGAGCAUGCCAGCAACGCGCAUGCCGGCGCGUCGAGCGGGUUCGCGAGGGAGGCUCGUGAGAGCCCGUUCGCGUGGGACGGCGAGAGCGCGGGCGAUGCGGAUGUUAGCGCAGGCGAGACCGCCGGGGUCGCCGCCGGCGCGUCGCUCCGCCCCGAGCGGCCUUUCCGCGGAUUCGUCCGCCGGCGGCACGUCGGCGUGGGUGCUGACGUCAGGUCCCCAGGCCCGUCUGCUGGCGAAGCAGCGUUUCGGGAGUCCAGCGGGUGGGGCGUGCGACCCGCCGACGAUGACGCCCGCGCUGCGGCUGCCGCCGCUGGCGUUAGCCGUAGUGGCAGCGGUGGCGGCGGCGGCGCCGCCAGUGGUGGUCCUUCCGCUGCUGCCGCUUCCGCUGCGGCUGGAGCGAGCGGCGAAGCGGAGGAGGGCGGCGAGCGGCACGGCGCAGCGCGGAGGCUGGAGGGCGCGUAUCUGGGGCUGGCGAGGAUGCUGCGAGACAUGGAGGACCGUGUUGACCACGAGCGACUUGUUGACGUGGCCAGUAGGGAACCAACGUUCGGUGCUGCGUACGGCAGAGGGGGACUGACGGGAAGGGCAGGGGGAGCGGCGUCGGCGCGGGUGGGGGGCGCGCGGGCCCGGCGAUUCGGAGGGGCCGAGGACGCGGGGGGCGGGGUGGCGGCGUCGUUGCUGGGCGUGCGGAGCGAGGCAGAGGCGUCGCCGAUCCUGGAGUUCAUGGAGCGACGCAUGAGCCGCGAACACACGUUGCGGCGCCUGCUGGCGCGCCUUGAGUCGCUCAAUGCCAUCGUCGGCGGCCAGCUGCUGGGCGGCGCCGUUGAGGGCGGCGCAGCGGGCGGCAUAGCGGGCGCGGUGGGGGAUUACUUCUUCGGGGACGACUUUGACGCGCUUGUCGAGAGGAUUUCCGCCGACGACGCCGUCAGCACGCGCAACCCGCCCGCCUGCCCGGCGGCCGUUGAGGCGAUGCUGGUGCGCGUGGUGACCGCUGCUGACGUGGCGCAGCGGGAGGCGGCGGACGAGGGCGAGCACGGGGAGGGCGGCGGGCUGAUGGACCCGUGCGCCAUCUGCAAGGACGACUACGAGGCGGGCGCCGUCACGCGGCAAAUGCCGUGCCGCCACGUGUACCACUCCGAUUGCAUCCUGCCGUGGCUGCAGCGGCACAACACGUGCCCCGUCUGCCGCUUCGAACUGCCCACCGCCGACGCGCAGGACGCGCCGCAGCAGGGGCAGGGGCGGGGGGCGGAAGGAGCAGGGGGGACCAGCGCGGGCGGGGGAGCGGAUGCUGGUGGCGGCGGCGCAGCAGGGGGAGGCGAGGGGGAGCGCGGCGACGUUGAGUGGCAUGAGAUGCAGUGGGAGGGCGGGGAGCGCGGCGAGGGCGAGUGGGGCGGCGGGGAGAGCAGGGACGGGGGCGGCGAUGGGUGGGACAGCACGGAGAGCGGGGAGAGGGGCCGCGGAGGGUGGAGCGGCGGACGGGUGCAGCAGCAGGCGCAGGGGCGGGAGGUGCAGCGAGUGAGUCAAGCGGGACGCGCGCUGUGGGGUGGCGCGGGGCAGAUGCAUGCAUGGGCGGACAUUACAGGGGGGGCGGAGAGGCGAGGGGGCAGCAGAGGAGGCAUGGAGAGCGGCGUGAGUGAGUGGGGAAGGCCGUGGGACGCGCAGCAGCACAGCAGCGAGGAGGGCAGUGCGUGGUGGCGACAGGCAGGGGCGGAGGGCGCUGGUCACAGCGCCACGUGUGACAUCAGCAGUGACGGGGACAGAGCACGUGAUGCGGCGAAGGCGGCAGGGAGAGGGUCGAGUCGAGUGGAGGAGGCAUUGCGACGAGCGACAGUGAUUGCCGAGAACUGGCACUGCCUCACGUGCGAGUCUCUCCGAUCCCUCAAUCACGAUAAAUGCGGGAUCGGAAAAAGGCAUUAUCUAAGUGUCUGCCUGCAUUCCACUGUGUCGAGUUUUCACUCGUUCCUUUCCAGCAACAAACAGCAUUCUUCCCGCGUCGUCCUACUAGCAGCGCGACUGGGUUGGCUGUUCCCAGCGAGCGACGCAGCCAUGGCUGACGUGUCGACAGCGGCGGUGGGGCACGAUGCAGUGGGUGCGCCCGGCGAGUCGAUGCGCGGCGUGACGGGCCGCGAGCCCAUCUUCUCGCGCGACGUGGGGCUGGACGAGGGCGACUCGCUCUUCCCGCUGCCCGUCGACUCGGAGCACAAGGCCAAGAAGUUCAAACUCUUCAGCGCGGCGCGGCCGCACAUGCGCGCAUUCCACCUGUCGUGGAUCGCCUUCUUCCUCUCCUUCUGCUCCGCCUUCGCCGCGCCGCCGCUGCUGCCGGUGAUUCGGGAUAACCUCGACCUCACGAAGGCCGAGAUCGCCAACGCCGGUAUCGCCGCUGUCGUCGGCGCCGUCGUCAGCCGUCUUGUCAUGGGCACGGUGUGCGACCUGGUGGGGCCGCGGUAUGGCACGUCGUUUCUGCUGAUCGUGACGGUGCCAUGUGUGGCGGCCAUGGCGUCCGUCACCAACGCUGCGGGGUUCAUCAUCUGCCGCUUCUUCAUCGGCUUCGUCCUUGCAACAUUCGUGUCAUGCCAGUACUGGAUGUCGUCCAUGUUCAACUCGCGCAUCGUGGGGCUGGCCAACGGCACGGCGGCGGGGUGGGGCAACCUGGGCGGGGGAGCCAUCCAGCUGGUGAUGCCGCUCAUCUACUCGCUUAUCACGGACGUCAUCAAGGUGCCCGCCUUCACCGCGUGGCGCCUGUCCUUCUUCGUGCCCGCCACGGCGCAGACCAUCAUGGGGCUGCUGGUGCUGCUGCUGGGGCAGGACUGCCCCGACGGGCAGUACCUGGACCUGGCGAGCAAGGGCGUGAGGAAGAUGGACCAGCCGCUCAAGGUGCUCAAGACGGCGUGCCUCAACUACCGCACCUGGGUGUUUGUCAUAACGUAUGGCUACUGCUUCGGCGUGGAGCUGACUGUCGACAACGUGAUCGCCGAGUAUUAUUACGACCGCUUCAACCUCAACCUCAACACGGCCGGGCUCAUCGCCGCCUCCUUCGGCCUCAUGAACAUCUUCUCUCGCCCCAGCGGCGGCAUCCUCUCCGAUGUCGCUGCCCGCUGGUUCGGCAUGCGCGGGCGGCUCUGGAACCUGUGGCUGCUGCAGACGCUGGGCGGCGUGUUCUGUCUGGUGCUGGGGUACAUGAACGACCUGUGGUCGUCGACGCUGGUGAUGCUCAUCUUCUCCUACUUCUGCCAGGCCGCCUGCGGCGCCACCUUCGGCAUCAUCCCGUUCGUGUCGCACCGCGCGCUGGGCAUCGUGUCAGGGUUCACGGGGGCGGGCGGCAAUGUGGGUUCGGCCAUCACGCAGGCCAUCUUCUUCAAGGGCGCGUAUACGACGGAGCAGGGGCUGGCGUACAUGGGCGUGAUGAUCAUCGCGUGCACGCUGCCUGUGGUGGCCGUGUACUUCCCCCAGUGGGGCUCCAUGCUCACUCCGCCCUCGAAGCGUCCGUCGGCCACGGAGGAGGCGUAUUACGCGGGGGAGUAUUCGGAGAAGGAGCAGGCCAAGGACAUGCACUCCAGCGGACUCAAGUUUGCUGAGAAUGCCAAGUCAGAGAGGGGUCAGACGGUGCCCGUCACAGAGGACCUGCCACGGUGA